AUGGCAAGCAAGCAGACGGCCGAGCAGCCGAUCAAAGAGAAGUCCCAGGACUUUGAACAGAUGCAGAACGAGCUGCCGAUGGACUCCCAGGUGCUGUUGCACUACGACGAGGAUGCUGAUACAGGCGAGGACUCCCAGAUUCCAGAAACACUUCAGGAUAUGGAAGGUGUGUUGUAUCGUCCUGGUUGGAAGAACCUUAUGGUCUCAAUGCAAGACAAGCAAGCCCCCGAGAUCCACGGCACCGGCACCCAAAGCACUUUGCCUCCUGUGUUGCAGACGGAUGAGACAACAGCCCCUGCCAAGAAGAAAGCCAGGCUCCUUGCUCCGGACCAGAGCUCCGGUUGA